UCGUACAUGAACGUCUCACAUUCUUCAAUGCUCAGUUCGAAGUCUCGAACUUCAUUUGUUUACAAAUUUACAUACGUUUAUAGAUUCAUGAUCCAAGGAAUAAGGGUUAAUAUUUCACAAAAAAAGUCGAAAACUCUUUUACUCCAUGGUUUCGUUUUUAUUAAAAAUUUCUCAUUUAUUCUGGGAAGCUGGCAUUCAAUUUAAUCCAUUUUAUUUUUGCUGUUUAAAUCUUUUAUUCCACUAGUUUAGGUUUUGGUUUAUUAACAUACAAAUCGGGCUAGUGUUUGAUUUGAUUGACAUUCUUCACUUUUGUCGACUUGUUUUUACAAGUUUACAAAACCAUUAAUUCUAUUUUCCAUCAGUUAUUGAUAUCCAAGCAUCAAAGUCGCAGAGAUGUCCUUAACAACAGCAGAAAUUGAAAAGUUGCUGAGCAUCUUUUACGAAGAUUGUUUAGACAACAAUACUAUAGAACAUACGAUAUCACAAAUCACAAUGCAGUUCCCAAAAAAUGCAAGCUUUAAAGUUGGAAAUACGUUACUGUUAAUGUUCGCUCAUGAAUUGUUCACAACGCCUGGUCAAAGACUAAUCGCUCUCACUUUAUUCCAUGAAAUGUACCGUGGAGAACCAUUCACCAACAAUCCGUUUUCAUCACUAAUAAUCCAUAUGUUGUCGAAUACUGAUCGAAAUAGGAAAUCAACUAAUAAUUUGCCAAAGUUAAGUGACACCGAAAGAAGUUAUUUGUCGCAUCUUAUUUCAUCAAGUGGAAAAGAGUUGGUAAGGAAAACACCAGCAGUCAUUUUGAAUUCUGAAAGUGCUCUCAUUGCCGACUUCUCACAUCUUAAACACCAAAUAGAUGAAAAGUAUGAGACCCAUUUACCCACGACAAGGAACCACGUGCCUUGCAUCGUCCCUGAUUGGGUUGAAAUUCAUGAUCCAUAUGACAUGAAAGAUGUUAAAUCUUUACUUGAGCAACUGUUGGAUGCUGAUAAUACAGCUGCAAGGCAGACUUACCGGCCGGAAAGCAUCCGUCUCGUCCCUCCGUUGUUUACCCAGGAUCACGAGAUGAUUUGGUUAGAGGAAGAAACAAUCGGUGACCAUCAAACUGCAUACGAUAUAACAAUGUGCAUGCCCAACACGAGUAGUGCAGAGGCGAAAAAGUUAAUGGGUAAAGCAUUUAAAGAUCCUUUAAAUUUACUACAACAGCAGCACCUUCUUUCUGAACUUGACCGGGAUCCAAAUCUAGUUUACCAUAUAGGAUUAACACCAAAUAAGCUUCCUUAUCUUGUUGAGAAUAACCCAUUAAUAGCUAUUGAAGUGCUUCUCAAACUUAUGCAAUCGACAUUAAUCACUGAAUAUUUUAGUGUAUUGGUCAAUAUGGAAAUGUCUCUUCACUCUAUGGAAGUUGUUAAUAGGUUAACGACAACUGUUGAUUUGCCAACUGAGUUUGUCCAUUUGUAUAUAUCAAAUUGCAUAUCAACAUGUGAAACAAUUAAAGACAGAUAUAUGCAAAACCGAUUGGUACGACUUGUGUGCGUGUUUCUUCAGUCUUUAAUACGAAACAGAAUUAUUAACGUACAGGAAUUGUUUAUUGAAGUUCAAGCCUUUUGUAUUGAGUUUAGCCGGAUACGAGAAGCUGCAGCAUUAUUUAGGCUACUGAAACAAUUGGAAUGUGCUGACUCUGCUAUUUCAACUUCUCAAAGGCUGUAGUAUAGAGAUCUAUUGUACAUUAUGUCAUGUAUAUUUAUACUUACUUUUCUUGAUUUUUGUUCAAUAGUUUGUAAUAAUGGCUUAUGAUAUCUUUCGUUGUUAAUAAUACAAAUAUUGUACACUGGUUGUAUAAAUGCAUAUAUUGAAAUUUUA